CUCCGACGUCCUGAAAAUGCAGAAACGGCGUCAACUUCCUGUCGUCCAUCAAGGCGAUGCAGUGCUCCGGUCGAAAGAACUGCUUCGACUAGUCUUUGACUACCAAGGCGGCAUAUUCUUCGAGUUCAUGCCACUGCAUUUAUCCAUGGCACCUUUCCGACGUGUCCGCCGCGGCGAGGCGAUUGCCCAAGCGGUGGAAGAUCGUCCCACCGACGACCACACCCUCCUCCACGAUAUUCUAAGCGCAUGGUUGCAUCACUCGUCUCCAUUCACACUCGUCAAGAUGUUGCAGUGCAUGCACUACAUGCGCUCUCUCGUCGCGUUCCACGCCGUGUGCACCGGGAACCUCUUGCUCGUGCACCAACUCCACGACGCCUUCGGGAUCUGCACAUUCGACGGACCGCUCCUCGACCUCGCUGCUCGCCAUGAACAUCUGCGUAUGCUAUUGUUUCUCCAUAAAGAAGGCCAUCCGGGAUGUUCCACGGCCGCGAUGGAUGCCGCAGCAAAGCACGGCUACUUCGACAUCGUGACCUUUCUUCACUUCCAUCGCACAGAAGGAUGCACCACGGAUGCCAUGGAUGACGCUGCCGCCGCUGGACACGAGGCGAUCGUGCUGUUUCUACAUGUGCAUCGCACCGAAGGGUGUACGUCUGCUGCAAUGGACCGCGCGGCCACCGCUGGACACUUUGACACGGUCAUGACUCUGCACAACAUCCAGGCAGGAUGCACGUCGGACGCCGUGGACGGCGCGGCGCUCGGUGGACAUUUGAGAAUCGUAAUCUUGCUUCUCCUCAUUCGGCACGAAAUCGCCACGCCGCGUGCCCUCAUGCACGCCGCCCGCCGCGGCGACCUCGCCAUGGUCAAGUUUGUCUACUCCCACCUUCGAGAAGGGUUGUCUUAUGCCGACAUGAAGCGAAUCAUCGAUCGCACGCGGGAUGCCGACGUCCUGUCAUUCCUCGGUAGCAUCUCCCUCCUUCCCUUCUCCGACGAAGAUGACGACGACUAACUAUAUCCUGCCGGUGGUGUUUUUGUAUAAAACAAAGUGUGAAUGAUCACCAACACAACUUUAUGUAAUCAAAAUAUGUCGUGGCUUGCUGUGAAAAUAGAAUAUUUUUCGUGAAUUCACGUGAUAGUUUAAACUGUAUAUCAAAUUAACCCUAAUAAACGAC